GUCGCCAUUUUUACUUGAUUUAGGCUGUGUAACAUAUGCUUUUAGUAAAUUUCCACAUUUCAGUGGGGUUUUGGGAAUAUAUGGCUAACAAGAUGUAUUUAUUGAAUACACUGAUUUGCACGUUUUCAACUGACACGAGACAUGGAACACCAAUUUCUUGGGUUUUUACAUAACCCUGAAUCGAACAGACUGGCAGAAUUAUUUUGGGCUUCGCCCGUACACGAAAAAGCCUUUUAAAGGUCUAUUCUGGAGUUGAGCGUUUGUUGGAGUUGAUGGCACCCACGUUUCAAAAUGAUUAAUCAGCGUCAUAGUAUAACACAGGAACAUUGUUUUGCUAGUGUCGAAUCCUAGUGUGAUGAGAAAACUUUUUGUUUGGUAGAAAGAUGGAGACUAAAGUAAAACCAUGAAAUGUCUGUACAUAACAAGAGUUGUCCUUGUGUAUUCAUUAUUGUAAAUUUGUUUAAAUAGAUUAAUCAGUUUUCAAUGUGUAUGUGUAAGUAGAUGUAAAUAAUGGGUGAUCCACAUGCUAGAAAAAGUGCUGCCGUUACGAGACUUCGACAUCAUUUACGCAAGAAACGAGAAUCUCUUGCUGACCAUUUUGACUUCAAAAUGUACAUCAUCUUUCAUUUUAAAGACAAGAAGAAAAAUGUAGCAAUGUUUGAAGUAGCAGAAGUUGUUCCUGUGAUGACUAAUAACUAUGAAGAAUGUAUUCUUAAAGGUGUCAAAGAUGAAGCCUACUCCUAUGAGAGCUCACGAGAACUACUGGACAAGGACGUCGUGCAGUUACACGCCCCACGGUGGCAGUCCAUGCGCAGGGAUGUCAUAGGGUGCACAACCGAGAUGGAUUUUUUCUUGUGGCCCCGUAAUGACAUUGACAGAAUUGAAUGUCAUCUGUUCUCCCGCUGGAAAGGGGACCACGCACCGUUCAGACCCGUCAUGGCGAAGUUUGAGUUCCGCCAGCAGGACUAUGAGCGUCAGCUGAUGCGACUGUUGACGAACCGUGAGCGACCGUGUCCCAUCAUCAGCAACCCGUCACAGACUGUGUUCCUGUUCGUCAACAAACACCAGAUACAGACUACCAAGAACAAGAUGAUAGUCUUCAAGCUGUCCAGCAUAUGCCUCUACCUGCCUCAGGACCAGCUGACCCAAUGGGGACCUGGAAAUGUUGAGAGUCUGGUGACCAAUUAUCUCUGACCUUCAGAAUGGGAGAAAAUCUACAGCCCGCCCUCCCUUAAGAAAUGAGCCCCAGUCGCCCCUUGACAUAGAGAUUGAAGGAGUAGCCUGGUCUCUGUGUUGCUCUGUAGCUCCUGUAUGUAGUGAAUCUGUUAGUUUGUACCAUGGUCAGGUAGGCGUUAUGCUCACUGCAAUAUGGUACAGUUAAUCUUCUGUUCUUACUGUAACAUUCUUUUCAUUUGAGUUGUGUGUUUUUGACAGACCUCUUGUGAGUUUAUAUUCAUUUACCUGUUGAAGUAGAUCAUUUAUUUGUGAUGGAGUCGUCUUUAUUUGUAAACAGAUUUCACCUUCUCACAUCAGUGUGCUACUUUUGAGUCGGGUUUGUGUAUGUCGGACAUUGAGAGGUUAAUCUUAACUUAUUAACAAGACAUUAAAUAUAAAAUACUUGUAGAAUAGAUCUCAUCUUUGGUGUGAAAGCUUUUUGAAAUUUCAUUACAAUUAUUGGCAUAUCAUUAGCUUUCUGAUAGGGUCUUCGCCAAAUGUGAUGUCUUCUCUUUAUAGGAAACUUGUCUGGGGAAAAAACAGAAACGAGUCAGGUGACAAAACAUUUUAAUGGCUCAGAUUUCUUUGAUUACAUUUUAUAAUUUUAAUACUGAGGACAUGGUAUCUUACUCUGACAAAAACAUUUAUAUUCAGUGAUAUUUUUAUCAUGCUAUGUUGUUGAUUCUCCAGAGUAUAAGUGUUAUAUUAUUAAUAAGUCUUCAACUGUGAAUAUUUUUAAAAUAUCCAUUACUCAGUGCAGUCAUGACAUAGUUGACCAUUUCUGCCAUCCAGAAGCAAAAUCUAGCAUUUCGGUUUUUACUUGUUUUGAAGAAAACAAGAAAUAAUAAAAGUUGUGCCUUAGUAUUUGGUUGGUUGAUUGCAAUAAAAAAAAUAUGGAUUAGGCACCGAUGUCAGUUCACCAAUGUCUGUUAGCAUAAACUAACAGGUGAAAAUUAAAUUAUAUAGGCAGCUGUUAACCAUCUACUAUGAAUGCCAAGUUGAUACCAAAGCCUAAGAAUGACACAUUUUUAUUGGUUAAUCUCAAAUCUUAUAAUUAACUACCAGCUAUAUUAACCAAUCAGGGACCAACUUUAAAAUGCAUAUCACAUAUCAACAUGUACAAAUUAUGUAAAAAUACUGACAUUCAGUUAUGAAGUAUUUAUUCUUUGUAAUUCUAAACCAGGCUAACAUUUAUUAAUUAGGUGGCAAAAAAUCAUCGGCAGCUACCUAUUAAUGACAUCCCUGCUCUUCUAAGUGUUUUUAGUGAAUUUUUAAAAAUAUUUUGAGGCAGUGAAACGACAGUGCCAGGUUCUGGGUUUGUGAUGAUGGUAAAACAAGGUCAAUUUGUCAGUGAAUUACCUUACAAUUUGAAAAGGUAUACGAUUUAAAUUUUGACCAAAAAGUGAGGGACUAGGUUUUGUCUUUGGAAGGCAGAUUUUGGAAUGGGUAGAAUAAAUAUUUUGGAGAAGAUCCUAUGAAAUAUAACCACAAACCGUUUUAGCACAGAUGAUGUUUAGGUUGAAGUUUAGAUAAGGUUUUACAAAGGUCAUCCAGUUGUAUGGAUGUGUGCAGUUCACUCUGGUUUACCUCUUUGUUAAGUUUUUACAUUUGGCUCUGUUGAUGAAAUAGUUAAAACUCCUAGAACAAUGAAAUUCUAGGAGGUUUAUCUCAAAGCAUGUUUAAAAAUGUUUUUGUUUUUGUUUUAAAUGAACUAAAUCAACAUUCUAAUUUUUAUUGUUUUGGGGGGGUUUUCCAGUUUAUGAUCAAUAAAAUAUUCCAAUUUAAAUUUUUCAAUAUUUGUUUUGUUUGAUAGUUUGUUGAGGCAACUAAGCACACUGUACUAGCCUAUAGAUAACCACAAUACAGCCAGAGUGAUAUCGAAGAUUUAUUGUUUUCCCUGUACCGCAUGCAAAUUAUAAUGUAACAUGCACCAUGCACAUUUAAGAAAAAAAUAAGUCAUAUUCAUUUAGAACAAAUGUUGACUGCUUUUAGUUGGCUAGCAAAUUUUGCAGUGGUUAAAGUAACUGUUUUAUCAUGUUACUAAUGUUGAACAUUUUAAAUGAUUACCAUAUCAACUUCACAAUAAUAAACCCAUGUAGCUAGCUGAAUAAAACGGGGCUACUUUCCAUUAAUGACAUUUGACAAAGUUUGUUGUGUGUUUGCUGAACUCUUCAUCCAGUCAAUGAAUGAAAGUACGCGGUAUUCAAGUUUUGCUUAGUAUCCUGUGUUUUUAAACAAUGCAUUGGUCCAAAUUUAUAAUAAUGUUUGUUCCAAUCAAUUGACCAAUCAGAAUAAAAUUCAAACAGCUGUUUAUAAAAAAAUAUAUAAUAAUGUACUGGUUACUUAGGGUUACAUCAUUUAUUUUACACACUUUCAAAGCCGUCUUAGUGCUAUGAUAUCUUAAAACUGUCCUACGCUAUGCCAUGCGUCAUUGUAACGUCGUAGCUUAAAACAGUUGUAUGAAAUUUUAGAGCUAAGAUAGCUUCAUAAAUAUGUAGAAUGAGAUGUGAUUUUUAUUUGAUAACAGUGUAAACAUAUGGUUAUAUUCCUUGAUGAUAAAUCUCCAUUAUGUGAUCAGCAGUCAACUUAGAAAUGGAACUAGCGAUGAGAAUGUGUCCAUCUUAUUCAUUUGUCAUUAAUAUGCUUAUUAAUGUUGAUUUGUUAGGUGACAAGUUCAUCCUAUGUUAGAAUGUCUACAUUUGAUUGGUUUGGUUGCUCCAAAUGAAAAUUAAUAUCACCAGUAUCGCAAAUGCAUUGAAAAAUAUGAUAUUUUCUUAAGCUUUACGUACAAAUGGAAAGUACAUUUUGGCAAAUAUAUUUCAUAAUUAUCUGGCCAAAGAACUAGUGUGCGAUUAGCUUCAGGUGUGGAAUUGUGAUCUUUGUAUGUAGGGAUGCCGCAGGGUUAGAUUUGAAAGGAUAGAUGUCUAAUGAGGUAAUUACCUAUUGCGUAUCAAGUGAUUCAAAUUUGAUUAUUUGUAAAUCUGCUGUCGUCCAAGGUGGGAUAAGAAAACCUGCAAGGUUAUUUUCUCAAGAGAUCCUUUGUUUAUAAAUCGAAAACAAGUUAUUCAUACUAAAAGUAGUUUAUGGUGUGAUGUAAGAUUCUGUUUUAAUAGAAUUAAGAUGUAUGCUUUUAACACUAGCUUGCUGGCUUUUUUUUUUCCCCUUUUUUUUUUUUGCUUUAUUUUCUGCUGCUUUUUAAAAAUUAAUUUCAUUUUUCAUGCUUUGUGGAAAUAAAAAAUUCUCAAA